UACAAUCAUGGCCAGUGAUAGCUGCAUGCACGCAAACACACAAGUCUAUUUAAAUUGUAAUACACAUCAUUGUAAUAUUCAGCAUCACAACCCAACAUUACCCUCUCCUCAACUGAAAACCCUAAUGAGGUGUCUUAAUCAUUUCAUGCGGGAGAAGCUAUAAUAAAUCGCUCUUUACUAUUUGUGGAAAAUGUUUGUCCACUCUCCUCCUGAUAGGCCCCCAUUUAAUCAUGUUGUUCUGUUUCCUAAUUAGCAGAAAUGCAAAGUGUCUUUGUCACCUGUGGACAGCCAAGAGGGCUAAUUUGGGCUUUUCACUAAUUGCCACGGUAACGAGCCUCCUGCGCCUCCGCUGGGGGUGGGUGGAAGGCAUGGCAGGAGGAGGACUGGAGGAUGGAAGGAUGGAGGGAUGAAGACACAGCUCUCCUCACACACGGCCGAGGUGUGAAAGAACGCGGCAGGCCAACAGAACGCAGCCUGGAGGAGUCCAACAGCAGGGAGUGGGGGACAGCCUGCGCUGUGAAAAAGCCCCAACACCCAGCUGAGAGGGAGGAGGAUUCAGCUCGGGCCGGUUUUUGGUCUCUCAACUUUGAUGAGGAGAUAUGACUACAUUUGGUUGGGUAAUUGUUGGACAGUUUUCUGACACUGACACCUGUUAUUGCACCCAUUCUGAUUUAAUACAGGUUCCCACUCGAUGUCCAUUUUUUUUUUUUUUUUUUACUGUUUCUUAUUAUAGACAAAUUCCAGGAACAACUCAGCAGGCAGUUUUUAAAUCACCAGCUUGACAUGUAUGAAACCCGUCCGUGAGCGAGAAAUGGAGGUAGGAGGAGGUAGACAGAAGUAAACGAAAUGAAAACACAGAAUCUAGGUUGUUGUUUUAUUUUAUUUAUUUUUUUUUUGUUUUAUCCCAAUUACUUUUUCCUUAUAAACCGUUUACACAGUUUGCGAAAUGAAUCGGUGGAAACUUUUCCAUGAGAAGAGUGUGUAUAAGAAGCGCAAACUAAAUUGCUCCGGAAACGUUAUAAUAGCGUUAAUAUAAAUGUAUUAUCCAGCCCGAAGUACAAGCAUCACUACUACGUAAGAGGCAGGAUGGGUUUAAUGUAUACAUUUGUCAAAUUCAUGUAUAAACUUAACCAUCUAGUCAAUAAUAACCCUCUAUUGUUGUAUUCUUAUCAUGCUACGUAUUGAAUACUGUUUUAUUUAUUUAUUUUUUUAACUAUAGCCGAAUUUGCGAUUUGGUCAUGGUGUUAAACUGUGCAGUGUUUUCCUAAUGAAUGCUACAUUCACGGCUUCACGUAUUUCACAGCGGUCAGAGCAGAGAUGUACAUUCAUCUUUGCAUCAUUCGCAUAAAUUACUAUCGUAACUCACUAUUAUCUCUCUCUCUCUCUUUUUUUUUUUUUUUUUAAGGAAAUUACACCGACUCCGUUAAUGUAACCCGACUCCAUCAAUAUGGCCCCUGCGCUGAAUUAUGCCCCUCUUUGCUUUUCCACAUAUAUUUUCUUUUCAGCAUUACACCCUGAAAGCUUGGGGGCACCUUGUCCGCACGUCGCUCUCGGGGGCGAGCUCCUCGGAUGUGUGCGUGCGCGCACUGGCGUGCUUGAGCGUGUGAGAGCGUGCGAACGUGUGUGUGAGUGAGUGAGAGUGUGUGUGUGUGCGUGCGUGCGUGCGGUGCGCGCGCGUGUGUGUCUGCUCUGCUGUUGCUGCCCUUUGAUCCCUGCAUUAGUGUUAGUUAGGGGCUCGGAGACACACUUGCACCGAGAGCAGCCAUAGUCAAGACACGGCAACAACAACAGCGGCGCCUCCUCCGCCUGUGUUCCCAUUCCCCAACAAUACACUUUAAACCGAGCAAAGCCAGGUGCACGACCAAGUCCCUGCCAUCACUGGCGCCUCCAGUCUCAAUGGGAAAAACCUUUUUUCUUCUUAUCCCUAAACAAGGACGAGAAUGUGAUUAAAAACGGGGGAAAAUGCCAAGGAGGAAGCAGGAGCAACCCAAGCGCCUGCCUUCGCAUGUGGACAGCAAUGAGGAAGGAGGGCCUGAUGGAGGUGCUGUGGAGGAGGAAAGCUGGUUUGGGAACGCUUCUGACACGCGCUCUGAGUCGUCGUCUUUUGGAGACACCCAGGAUGAGCUCCUCUUGACCAGGGGCUCGUCUCCUGAUGAGCGGCCGGGAUUCAGCGCUGCGGAUACCUGCGGAGGCGAAAGCUCAGUGGGCUGCCACACACCCGUCCAUCGUGCCUCCUUGGAACUCCUUGGACUGGAUGGAGGUGCGUUCUCGACCCAGGACACGCUCUCCUCCGUGGUGUCGUCACUGUAUGGCGAGGCAGCAUCUCGAGCCUUGGGGAAACCUCUGAGCAGCAAUCUGCGGCGUCUCCUGGAGGCUGGGUCACUGAAACUUGACUCUGCAGAGCUGCUGGGUCGGUCAUCCAGAGGAGGCGCUGGGGGUGAGUCCCCUCCAAUUGCUCUAGCGCCACCUUUGACCCUCUCCCCGUCUUCCCACCAUGCCCAGCAGUUAAGUGCUCUUGCCCGAAAACUCGCCAAUAACAACAACAGUGGCUCAGCCUCGCCAGCCUCCUUGGCACCCUCAGUCACCAACAUUAAGCAAGAGCCCCUUGACCCAUUUAACUCUGUCACCCCUAGCAAUGGCAGCGGCUUUGUAUGGGCAGGUGUUGCAGACAAGUGGCCACCAGCCAGCUGCUCCACGCCCUGUGGCUCCAGCCUGUCCCCAGACUCUGCAAUCCAGAAGUUAAAAGCUGCAGCGAAUGCUGUGCUUCAAGACAAGAAUGCCGUGGCGUCCUCCUCAGCGACGUCUUCCUCCUCCUCCAAUUCUGCCUCAUCUGCGGUGCCGACCCUGGGAGGGGGAGGUCGAGGAGACGAUGUGGUGCGCUUUGAUGCCUUCAACUCUCCGUUUAGCCCACAGUCAGCUAGCUCCACACUCGCUGCUCUUUCCAAGAAAGUCAGUGAGCGUAGCCAAGCCUCAUCAACAGCCAGUGCUGCUACGGACCACCAAGCCUCAGCUAGUUCCUUUCUCUCGCUUGUGUCAAUGACCUCCUCUGCUGCCUUGCUCAAAGAGGUGGCAGCCAGGGCGGCGGGAAACCUGAUGGCAGAGAAGAAGGAGGGUUCUCCGUUGCCAUCUACUGGGGUCCUCCAAGAGGAUGUGAAGCCCCUGUUGGACAAGUCCCAGAAAGCACCGACGCCCUCCACACCCACUCAGAACCUAGAGUUGCUGUUGCCUUCUACUCCAAAGGCCAGAGGCAAACAAACCAACAACCAAGCAGGCUCUCCUGAGGAUGGUGGCAAACCAUUCCAGUGUCCUGUAUGUGGACUGGUCAUCAAACGCAAGAGCUACUGGAAGAGACACAUGGUCAUCCACACAGGCUUGAAAAGCCACCAGUGUCCGCUGUGUCCCUUCCGCUGUGCUCGUAAAGACAAUCUCAAGUCCCACAUGAAGGUACAUCAGCACCAGGACCGGGGUGAGACGUUUCAGUGCGAACUUUGUCCCUUCACUUCCUCCCGUCACUUCAGCCUGAAGCUUCACAUGCGCUGCCACCAGCACUUCCCCCGCACAGACGUCAAGGUGAAAGAGGAGCUCACCACCGACACGGAGGGCGAGGGCUCCCUGAUGGGUGACAGUGGUUCCGCGGACCUCAGAGGGACCGAGGUGUCCCCGCUGCACUCAGACACUCAGCAGCAGACGUCCCCUCCGGUCGAGGCUUCCUCCAAUCAUGUCCACAUCAAGGAGGAGCCGCAGGAGAGAGAACUGUCCGUGCUCUCCCCCUUUAGCAUUUGCCGGGACCGUCCCAGCAGCAGUGCCAACUCCCUCGACCUACCUGGAGUUGGGGUCAGAUCUAGUCCCAGUGGUCCAACCACAGCCUCCCUCUUCAGCCCCGACAUCACUACCAAAACAGCCACUGACCUGCUUAUGAAGCUUUCAGCGGCCAACCAGAGGGAGACACUCAAGUCUCCAUUCCACCUGAAGGAAGAGCCCAAAGUGGAGGAAGCACUGAGCCCUCGACCAUCCUCCCAGUCCCAGGUUCAGUCGAGCUUCCCUGCGGCUUUCUCCCAGGACGGUCACACGGGGGCUGCAGCCUCAGAGCGUCCAGGGCCACUGAAACCGAGGGAAGGAAGCCCCAUGGCUAAGAACAGCUUGCUGAGCCAGGAUAUCAACGUUAAGGUGGCCUCUGAGCUGCUAAUUAAGCUUUCAGAGAACAACAAAGAUGCCCAGUAUCAGAAGGUGAAGGUAAAGGCAGAACCCAUGGAGGUAGACCCGCCCCCUGCAGAACUCACCCCUCCUGCCUCUCACCUGCUGGCCUUCAGCACUUUAGGGGCGAGUGAGAAGAGUGAGCCGACGAGUAACCUCCCCGAGACAUUGGCCUGCCCCCAGAAAGACCUCUUCUCCCAAGACAUAUCGGUCAAAAUGGCCUCUGAACUAUUGUUCAAAUUGUCAGAAAAAGUGAGCAAAGCCAACAACCACAAAGACAGUAACAUGGUGGGAAUAAACAGUCCAUUUCUGGACGAGUGCUUCAGACAAUCACCCUUUAACUCACGCUCCAAGAGCACUUCCCCCGCAGAGGCCAGCUCCUCCACCAGGGCAGCAUUUCAUGACUCAGAAAAGGACGACAGCGAGCUGGGGAAUGGGAUCGCCCAGUGGAGACUAAAUGAGCAGCUCUUCCCCUGUCCCGUGUGUGGCAAAGUGUUUGGUCGACAGCAAACCCUUUCAAGACAUCUGUCCCUGCACACAGAAGAGAGGAAGUACAAGUGUCACCUGUGUCCUUACGCCGCCAAGUGCAGGGCUAACCUCAAUCAGCACCUGACCAUCCACUCCGUCAAGCUGGUCAACACGGACGCGGAGCAGAUCGUCAGCGCUGUUACGGCCGACUCUGCUGAGCGCAAGAACUGCCCGUACUACUACAGCUGCCAUGUGUGUGGUUUCCAGACGGAGCUGAACGCCCAGUUUGUCAGCCACAUGUCGCUCCAUGUGGACAAGGAGCAGUGGAUGUUCUCACUCUGCUGCAGCGUCUGUGACUACGUCUGCAUGGAGGAGAACGACAUGAAGAGCCACAUCAGUACUGGACAUGCAGGUCUGAACUCGAGAAGUCCCCUCAGCGAGACCAAGAGCACCUCGUCGUCCCUCUCCGCCCUCAGCGACUCCCUCAACAGCUCGGAGGGAGGAGACCUCACCCACAGUAACGAAGAACUCAAGAGCCUGCUAGCCCCGCCCUCCUCCGCAGGCAGCCAAUCCAGCUCCGGAAGCCACUCGGGAUCAGGAACCGAGGACAAGUCGGACAAAGGUUUUGAGUGCGUCUUCUGCAACUUCGUGUGCAAGACGCGCAGCAUGUACGAGCGGCACCUCCAGAUCCACCUCAUCACACGAAUGUUCGAGUGCGACGUUUGCCACAAGUUCCUGAAGACGCCCGAGCAGCUGCUGGAGCACAAGAAGUGCCACACCGUCCCCUCCGGAGGGCUCAAGUGCCCUUUUUGCAUCUACUCCACCAAUCGUCCAGCGGCCAUGGAGUGCCACCUUAAGACGCACUGUAAGAUGGAGUACCGCUGCCGCAUCUGCCAGGGACUGUGGCCCGACCAGGCCUCACUGGAGGCCCACAUGCGCGGCCACCGACUGGGCAACCACUACAAGUGUGAGCAGUGUGGCUACUUGUCCAAGACGGCCAACAAGCUCAUCGAGCACGUGCGUGUGCACACGGGCGAGCGGCCCUUCCACUGCGACCGCUGCUCUUAUAGCUGCAAGCGCAAGGACAACCUCAACCUGCACAAGAAGCUGAAGCACGCGCCGCGCCAGACUUUUGGCUGCCAAGAGUGCCCUUUCACCACCACACACCCCUUCGUCUUCAGCCGCCACCUCAAGAAACACCAGAGCGGAGGAACGGGGGGGCUGGACGGAGGCUUGGGGGGAGGAGAGGAGGAGGAGGAGGAGGAGGAGGAGGACGAGGAGGAGGCGGGAGGGGAGGAGCUGCCGCCGCGAGAGGCGACGUCACCGGGGGGUCCUGCGUCGCUGCGGCGGAGCCGGGAGAACUUCCUGUUCGGCGGGGGGGGCAGCAGCGGAGGGAGCGGGAGCAACAGCCCCCUCACGAGCCUAACAGCAUCUCAGGCGCUCCAGUCCGUCGCUCUGUCGCUCACUCUGGGCAAGUCCCACCAGCUGAACCCCCCCAGGCCCCCGCACUGCUCGGCGAGCACCAACGGCAGCGGCGCCGCCAGAAACCCCGCCGGCGCGAGCAGCGGCAGCCCCUCCCUCUUCCUCCCCUCCUCCCGUCACAUGCUGGAGCAGUACAGGAACUGCGACCGGGCCCACCUGAUCCCCCUCACCACCCUGUUCACCCACAACAGCCGCUUCACAUUCCACUCGCGCCUCCACUCCAGAGGGCGGCCGGCCACGUCCCCCCUCCUCCUCCUCUCCUCCGACUCCGCGUCCCCCUCCUGCGCUCCCGCCUCCUCACCCUCCUCCCACAAAAAACACUCCUUCCUGGCCUACCUGGGACUGAUGGAGAGGGCCAAGACCGUCUGACCUCGCCCACCUCCCCUCCCCUCCCCUCCCCCUCCCCCUCCCUUUCCCUCACUCCUGGGACGGUGGUGUGAAUGACACUUGACCACCGCAGUGGGAGCAACAUCUUUUCCAAUCAGACCAGCAGAAUAAGCUGGACCAGACAAAAAAAUAAAUAAAAAAAAGAAGAAAAAAAAAAACAUUUAUAAGAGAAAAAGGCUGUACAUGCUAAAAAUGCAUUUAUAUCAAAAAGCUGCUUUUCUUAUCAGUUCUAUCGAUUGAAUUAUUACUACUUCAAGUACUACUCUCUAUUACCUUUUUUCAGUUUUUAAACAUCUGAAUGACCUGGACCCAGUUGCAUUGUCUGAGGAAACUAACGUAUCUCAGUUUUAUAGCUAUUAUUUUUUUCUUUUCUUUAGCCGUUCGACAAAAAGUUGAAAAAGACGAAACAAAACUUGCAAGUGCUACAUUUUCGUGCAUUUUUGUCUGUUGCUAUUAUGCAUCAAAAUAGCAUGCCUGUUUCUGUGUUUCAACUAGCUUUGACGUCAUUAGGAAGCUAAAUUCGAGAUAUCCUGAAGUGUUAGCGGUGCAAUGUGGACAGAACCAAUGAAACGGUAUGCUUUUUAUUCAUCGACAAAGGCACGUUUCCAAAGCAACGCCUCAAACCACGCACUUACUUAUUUAUCAAUCUUGUACAUAGUUUUGUAGCCCUUCUCAUCUUUUUCUUUUUUUUUUUUUUUGUUUUGUUUUUUUUGGUUUUGUUUUUGUAUAAUGGUGAAACCGUGUUAUGCGUAGCUGCUGACUGAUAUCACUUCUGUCUCGGAAUAAAUUACUAGCUAUUUUUUUUUAUUAUUAUUAUUAUUAUUCUAAGCUCACAAAACAGAAAAUAAGCUGUGAUAAUGUAAAUAUAUAUUAAAAACAAAUAUCCAAUCUGAACUAUCCUGUAGAAACAUUUAUUAUAGAAUAAUUUGAAUAUAAAUGCAAAAAAAACGUCGCCAAUGCAUUUGCACUUACAGAUAAAAUGAAUAUAAGAUAAAAAAUCCUAGAGACAACAAAUGUGUGAAGAGACGGAAGCGUCCUGUCAUCACUUCUGAGACCAGGUCGAUAUCAGCACAGCACUAUAUGCAGAACGAUGUAUCACGCACCUAUACUUAGAGAUAUAUGAGAUAACUGUUUUGUGGAGGUGACCGGCUCUGGGUUAGCGAGCUGCCCGCAGCCAGGGUCACCACAGGCCGAUUCAAUGGUGCUUUUUGGAGCUUUUUGUAAUUUUUGUGUACAAAAAAAAAGAAAAAAAAACCUGUUCCAAAAUGACUUGAAUGAAUGUAUUUUUGUUUAUGUACAUGAAAAAGAAGCGAUACAGAAGUGCGAAUAAGAACAGGGACGUCUUCAGUGCUGGUAAAGACGGGGGGGUGGGGGGGGAGUCGGUGUGUUUGGUGGCCUUUCUGUGUCUUGUGUUUUGUUUUUUCCAUUUUAUUUUAUUUUAUUUUUUACUUUAUUUUUUACUGAGCCUUUUACAUCAUAAUAAACAUUUUCUACUAACAUUCACGAGAGAACCCGUUGUGAGAGAAAGCUCCUCUAGGUGCAAUGAUGGAGCAAAGCCAUUCAUUUGUACAGCAUUUAAUGUUCAAUGGCUUCUGUUAGGCUGGCAGACAAGGUACUGCUUCUUCUUCUUCUUCUUCUUUUUUAUUUUUUUUGUCACCCCCUCCCUUUCUUCCUGUCAACCUUUUGAGUUUUAAUUGCACUUACUGUAGUUACACUUCAAGCCAAAAGCACUUAAACCUUUUAUUUUCUUUUUCUUUUUUCUUUUUUCUUUUAAGUGCUAACUCGGAUCCAUCAAGUUACCGUAAUGUGAAGUCGGCUUUAUAGUCGCUGGAAAUGACUCAAUCAACACCCCUUAGUUUCACAUUUAGACGUUUCUGGUGGUGCAAAAGGCUCUGCCUCUGUGAAAUCGGAGAAAGUAAUUGAAUACAAAUUGCAUGAAUUAGACAGUAGAGGUCAAGCUCCCCCUGGGAACUAAAGGUCCCAGGCUAAAUUGUGAUCGCCAAUUUUGCACAGUGCUGCACUUUUUUUAAUAUGAGAAUAUGUAUGUGUCAGUGAAAAUACAAAUUGUUUUGUUUUUAGUUGUUUUGCGAAAAUGGGGCAGCAUAGUACAAGCAUUUUUAUUUUGGAAAAGCUUUACCCGUUAUUGAUCACGCUUGUGUUCCCAAGUGUUCUUUCAAGCCAAAAUCCCUUAUUUGUAAAGGGAUCAUUUGUUUUUAAUUUUCCACGUUUAUUUUUUUACUACCAUUAUUUUACUUAUUGCAUUUUCUUAUAAUUCACUGUUUUGUUCUUCUGUUUUUUUUGUUUUUUUUUUUCCUCUGCUUGAGUCACAUCAGAAUAAUGUUGAUUGGACAGAGAGCGUGCACGGUGAAGACCAAACUGUAGCUUCGCCGCGGGACGUGAUGUUAGGAUUGAAUCCGUCACGUCCUGCUCAGCGGCGAAGCCUCGACCGUCUCCCUCCUUCCCACACCGCUGCUUGUUUGUUCCUUUUUGCUCUGUCGACGUCUGGCGUGCUGUCUCUGGAGUAAAAGGAGCAUCCCUCUCUCUCUCUCUCUCACACACACACACACACACAAACACACUCUCCCUGUACUAUCUGUGUUAUCUUUUAUACUCUAGUGCCACUUGGUGGAAGGAAACCACCUGAGACUUCUGAGAAUGAGUCAAACUAAUUAUCAGGGUCCAGUAGAGAAUAAGCGAGAGGGAAAAUAAAUAAAUAAAGAAAUAAAAGAAUGUGUCCACACUUGACACCUUUUUAAAACGUCUGCCUUUGAAUACAGCGUAAUCAUGAAUGGCUGCACUUCUUUAUGUCCCCUUUAGGCUGAGUGUGAUGCUGAAAAAGGCGACGGGGCUCAAUCCUUUUAGUAUUCUCGAGCACUUAUUCGGUUUAUUUUGCCCAGCCGUGAGCAGCGCACCGACCUUUUUCCUUUUCCUCUUGUUUUGAUUUUAAGCUUGACUACCUUUUUCGGCACUUCAGAGUAUGCAUGAUAUUGUCCUCUCUCCCUCUUUAGCACUUAAUUAAAACUAACUCCCUCGUUUUAGUUAGCAUCCCACUGCACUGUCUACAAUCAGUUAGCUUUAAGUUUGGCUGCAUCUUAUGAUUAGAAAAGGCUCAACUAUCUUAACUUUUGGCACUCGGUAAAGAUUGGUAUGUGCUGUACAAAGCUUUUUGUUUUUCCUUUUCUGUUUUUUUUCUUUUCCUUUUUUUUACUCCAUUGUUAAGGCUGUACAGGGUUGUGAUGAUAACUGGUAAAUAGAUCAUUUGUACUUUUUUCCGUUUUUGUAUUUGUUUUCUUUGUUUGGCAUUAUUUUAUGUUCAACUUGCCAGAUCUAAAUGUAACAGGAUUUGAAAGUAAAGCUUACAUCAGAUAUUA